AUGCCUUUGUCUUUUUUGUGGCCUCUAAGUCACUUCCAUAAUCAUAUGUUGAGGCCACAUAGGUACCUACGUGGAAAGCAGCCAUAGGUUUGGAGGUAGCUACAUUGGUCACUCAAGAAACUUGGGAUUUCAUUUCACGCCCAAUAAUAUCAACAUUGUGACAUGCAUGUGGGUGUUUACCACCAAAUAUCAUCCGGAUGGCUCCAUCACUCAUCACAAAGCUCGUCUAGUUGCUCGAGGCUUCACGCAAGCAUAUGAGAUUGACUAUACUAAGAUGUUCUCUCCUAUCGUUUGUCUCAACUCCAUCCACGUGCUCCUCUCUCUCAUCGUCGGUCAGACAUUCUCUCCAUUAGUUAGAUGUUUCUAAUACUUUUCUCUAUAGUGAUCUUAUGGAGUAGGUCUUUAUAGAACAAUCUUCUAGGUAUGUUAUUUAGGAGGAGUCAUCAAAGGUAUGUCUCUUGCAAUGUACCAUUUAUGAGUUCAAGCACAAUCCACAUGCUUAGUUUGUCAAAUUUAAUAGUUUACUCACCACCUUCGGUUUUGCCUCCUACACUCUAAAUCUCAUUGUACUCAAGAAGAAGACAGAAGAUAGUCUUAUCAUUCUUGCAAUAUAUGUCGACAACAUUCUUGUGGCCAAUAGUGAUGAGGCCCACAUCUUUGUUACUAAAGAUUACACGUAGUAACUUCUUAGUACUAUGACUUGGGGACUCUACAGUAUUUCUUUGAGAUUGAGUUUGCAUAUCAAGAUGAGAAGUGACAUGACUUAGUCAUUGUAUAGUAAAACACAUAAAUUUAAAAAUUUUAUAAAAUUAAAAAAUAUGAAUUUUAGAUAUUUAGAAGUAUUUUUAAAAAAAUAUAUUAAUUAUAAUUCAAUAAAACAUCUAAAAAUAGUGGUAAUUUUCUAAGUUGAUCAUAGAGAUGUAAUAUAAUAUUAAGUAAUUAUUUAGAUUUUUUUUCAAAGAAUACUAUUUUUUAUAAAUUUUAUAUUAAAAAAUGAAAAUAAAAUAUAUCUAAAAUUCAAAAAAAAAGAAAAUAAGGGUGCAGAUGUCAAGAUGACGUCAACUUAAAAAAAUCAAAGAAUACAAAUUGAGCAGAACCCUGGUUUUGCUCAAUGGUUCUCACAUAAACAAUUACAAAUGAUUUAAUUGAUCAAAUUAAGAUCUGUAAAAGUUGUAAAAAUCGUAAUUGAAUGAAGUAUAUCUUGAUAAAUUUAAAUCAUAUAAAUUAUCACUAAAUAAAGUGAAAAUUAAGUUGAAAGUAAUAAAAUAGAGUUCCGACGUCGCACUAACAAUACUUUAACGAUGCCCCAAAAUCUUGAGCGUUUAGGAGGAUUAUUGUGUAGUGUCCAUGGCCUCAAAGGCUCUCCUUGAAUAAGAAUGAUAUGGACAAUCUAUAGAUCUCCUUGAAAAGCCUAAAAAUCAAUGAAACUGGUCAUCGAAUCAUCUCUGGUGACUGUCACCCAAUGAAGUAGAAAAAUAACAAUUUAUGGCUCUCUAAUGGCUGUCACUCAAUGGAGAAGAGUUAGAUGGAGGUGGAAUGUGUUAGGGAGCUUCAUCUUUAGGUCAACACAACAAGAGGAGGCUCUUCAUCGCAUCUAGUAUGCUCUCAAGAAGUGGCGACUCGUUUCCUAGUGGAUUAUCCUCUUCCCAAUGAUGACUUAUUUGUCAAUCAAUUAGAGAUGUUUUACUCAAUAGAUUCGUGAUCUUUUUAUCGUGAAUCGUUCAGUAAUUUUAGUAAGAAUGCUCCGCGAAUCACAUUGACGAGAUUUUCGCCGACGAUCUAGCAAUUUUGGCAGCUUAAUCCUUCACUAGCGAUCUACAAAAAAGUCACGAUAAUUAGAUAAAAAAUAUGAGUUUUGGUUUUGGGAGGAUUUGAACCUUCAUUGAUUGCCCACUUGUAUGAGAAAGAUUGAAAUAAGUACUCCAAUGCCUUUAUCAAAUGACGUCAUCAUGGUAUAUCUCUAUUAUAAAUAAGGGAUAUUGUAGGGGUUAAAAUCAUCGAAGCCUUUCUAGGAAAGGUGUGACACGGGUUUAGCCCCACAUCACUUGUGUGCCGAAGUUUCAGGUGAAUAUAUAGUAAUAUUACAUUUGCAAUCAAGUCCCUUUCUCUCACGUGUAUGACUACUCUUUGCUAGACAGCCGACUGGCCACUAGUGACGUGGAAAGAGAGUAACGCACAUGUGUCUCUAUCGGUCCUAGCCGCUUGAGCCCCUUACUUGUGGCUCCUCCCCAACUACACUUCUGACUCAUUUGCGGGCUCAAUUGGUCAACGGGUACCCCCCAUUUUGCUAUAUUUUUAUUUUUAUUUAUUUUUCUUUAUUUAUCUCAAAAAUAAGACUGUAAAAAUCUUAUAAAUUUGUAUAAAAUCACAUAAUUAGCCAAAAAAUCACGUUAAUCAAUUGAAAAUCACUUUUCACACUUUAACACAAAUAUAAGUCUAUUUAUCAUGAGUUAAAACUAGAACUAUAUUAUUUACUAAUUAUUAACUCAUGAUAAUGAAGACUUAUCAAGAAGCUCAUCCUCACUCAGUAGAAAUAGGUCAUUGACAUGCUUCGGGAGAUAGGCCUCCUUAGUACAAGUUGGAGAUUUUGCCCAUAGAAGUUUGCCCAUAAUUUUAGGACACUUUAUCUUCUUUACACGAGGAUGCUAACUAGUAUCAACGAUUGUUAAGCAAGUUGAUAUAUCUUACCAUCACUCAUCAUGAAAUCAUGUGCACAAUUAGUGUCUUGAGUUUGUUCAUAUAGGAGCCUCAACAAGUUUAUUGGGAGGGAGCUCUACGAGUCCUCACUUACAUCAAGCAAUCCUUAGAGAAAGGGCUCAUCUAUCGGUGACACAGACAUCUCUAUAGUGCAGCUUACUCUAAUGUCAAGUAUGCAUGUGACAAGAGUGACUAAAAGUCUACUAUAGAUUAUUGCACAUACAUCAGUAGUAACUUAGUCACUUGGCGAUCCUAGAAACAAAGGGUGGUGUCUUGCUCUAGUGCAGAAUUUAAGUAUGGAGCCAUGAUUGAGAUAGUAGGAAAAAUAGUAUGACUUUAAUCACUUCUCAAUGAUUUCGACAUUACUUCUCCCUCUCUAAUGUUCAUACAUUGCGACAAAUUAAGUUGGUAUCUUCAUUUCUGGCAAUCCUAUCUUUUAUGAGUGUACAAAAUAGAUUAAGAUCAACUAUCACUACAUUCGAGAUAAGGUUAUGUCUAGACUUGUCUCUAUUCUUCAUGUGGUAUUAUCUCAUUAGCUUGCAAACAUCUUCAUGAAGAGUCUAGUCGACAUCCUUUACAAUGUCAUGUGUACGAAGUUGGACAUAUUUGACUUAUAUGCUCUAACUUAA